UCACUGAGUCGUAUGUCUUAGAUUUGAUUUGUCAAUUUUUGUUUUUCGACAUUCCUUUUAAUUUUCGACAUAACUUAAAAUAAAAAAUGACAAACCAGGUUGAUUCCUGCACACAACAAACCAAAAAAAAAGAGGGAGGUGACAACAAACAAUAACAAAAAAAGAGCAAAGGGCUAUACCACUCCAAAUUGACUGCCAAAUCACCAAAACCAAAGGGCUAUCGUCAAUUCAUCAACUCGUGUGAUCCAAGUCAAGUCACUGGUGGAGAUUAAGAAUCAGAUCAGAUUGUACUUCACCUCGUCCUUAUUGAUUGACUAAGCGUGAUUAUGUGGGUGAUUCCUGUUGUAUGUUAUAUAGUCACCCUUGCGGUGACCCUCUUUGGGAUCCAAUUCCAUAUCAAUCUUCUAAAAUAUAAACUAUACCUCCUGAUCCCUAUCACCUUGGCAGUACUAAUGCCAUUGUCCAUCAUAUUCAUCUUACCUAUAGAUUAUGUACAAUCCAAUGCUUCCAUUCCUUUGGAUUGGUUACAAAAUAAUGUUAUAUUAAUACUAUGGAAAUCAAAUUAUUGGAUAACAUUUAUAUUAACAUGGUUGAUCUUACCUCAAUUACAAGAAUUCUUUAAAUCAGGUUAUUUCACUUUUAAAGCCAAAAUGUAUGAUUCAUUUAAGAAGAAUUUAAAGUUUCAAUUAAUACUAUUGGCUAUUUCAAUAUUAGGAAUAAUUUAUCUUAUGCUUGAAGUUGGAUUAACUAUAAAUCAUUUAAAAUUAUUGAUUAUUGCUUUAUCUCAUAUAUAUUCUUUGGUUUUAGCAUUAUGGUUAAUGAGUCAUGGUUUAAUUAGUAUUCCAAGAAAUAAAUGGAUAGAAGGUAAUAUCAUGAAUAAUCUUAAUCAUCAUUAUUUAAAAUUACCUAAAUUAAUUGAUAAUUUAGAAGAUGUUAAAAUUGAAUUUAAAGAAGAUAUUUUAAAAGUUUUAGUAUUAACUGAAAAUUUUACAUCCAUAAAUAAUCCUCAAGAUUUUAAAUUUAGAGAUUGGAUUUUAAAAUUAGAUGCUUCUAUCCCAUUACAUUUAAAGGAUUUAGUUAAAAGACAAUAUGUUCAUGAAACUUUAAAUGCUCAGAUUUCAAGAGAACAAUUGAAUUUAUCAUACAUGUAUAAAUUAACUUCUAAUUUCAAUUCCAAUUUAAGAAAAUUUCAAGCUUAUGAAUCCGAAUUUGAAUCAUUAUUUGUAAAGAUCACUCAUUUAGAAGAUAUUUUAGAAUCAAAAACUUCAAAUUCAUCUCUAUUAACCUUUAGAGUUAAUAAUUAUAGAGUAUUAUUACUGCCAAGAUUCAAUUUCAUUUAUUGGUAUUAUAUUAGAUCUAUAAGUUCAAGAAUUCUUUCGUUGGUUUAUUAUAUUAUGGCAUUUAUAAUCUUACAAUCUGAAUUCUUUCAUUCAACUCGAUUUUCAAUUAUAAAUUUCAUCUUUGAAAAAUUAACUAUUUCACCAUUAUCUCAAGUCAUUUUAACAUCGAUAUUUUUCAGUUUCAUGUUAUUUGCAUCAUUAAAUUCAUUAACUCAAUUGAAAAUUUUCAAUACUUAUCAUUUAGUUCCUCAUAGUUCAGAUCCAGUAUCAGCCUGUUUUUAUACAACUUAUAUUGCCAGAUUAACCAUUCCAUUAUCUUAUAAUUUCAUAACUUUAUUCAUAUCGAGAAAUUCCAAUUUUGAAAAUUGGUUUGGUCAAUCGAUCCAUCUUACUGGUUUAUUCAAUUUAAUGAAUAAUUGGUUACCUCGAUUAUUAUUAAUUCCAGUAUUGUUAACUGUGUUUAAUAUUUAUGAUAAAUUAAAGAAGAAAAUCGGAUUAGGUGAUAUGUAUGAUAAUUGGGUAUUAUUCGAUGAUGAUGAUUCUGCUAAUGAUAAUCAUAAUGAUAUUGAGAAUGGUGAGAAUAACUUACUUAAUAAACGUAAAGAUUUAAUCAUUGUGGAAGCUAAAAGAAUUGUUAAUCGUGAAUUACAAAAGAGACAAAACCAACAAACUUUAAGACCAUUUAACUUAUCUCCUAGUUUAGAUGGUACUAAUAAUGGUAAUGGUAUUUCAGUUGCUGAUAUGAACUACGAGAAUAAUAGAAGAAACUUCCAUGAUUCAUUAAUCAAUGAUACUAGUAAUAGAAUUGAUUUUGGCAUGGAAGAUGAUCAAGAACCAUUUAUAUUAGAUCCUCAAAGACAAUCAAAUCAACCUUCAUCAGCCUCUUUAUGGGGUAGAGUCAAUGGAUUAUUUUCAGGGUUCACAAAUCGUUUCAAUCAAUCUUCAACCGUUGCAUACCGAGAUGAACCAUUAGAAAACUUUCAUUAUGAUGAUGAUGCCGAUGAAAAUCUAGUGGUAUGAUUGUCUCUCCAAAAAGUGUACAUAUAAGUAUUAUAUAUAUAUAUGAGUAAUUCUCCAUCCUAAUUAUACCCAUUCACUCUCCUUAUUUAUUCGAAUUACCCUUAAUAAAUCAUUAAUAUCAACUAUACCUAAAUCGUGUACUAUCCCGGCGGUGGUUAAAAUUAAGCCGAACUUCU